AAUAUGACUCCAGCUCAACUUUAAAACAACACUUUCGAGGAAGGACUGACUCCGUUGCUGAGCAGGUAGAGAGAGGCCAAAAAGCGACGUAGAACAGGAUGUCCUUCAGCGACGUUGGGCCCGUCAGGCCGGCCAAAGAUCUGCUCAAGGUCACGCGGUCGUCGUGCUUGGCUGCGCGAGAGGCAGCUGGAAUCUCCAUCUCGACGGAGCGCAUCGACGCCCUGCUCGAUUCGAUGCCUAGCACGCUGCCGACGGACGCCAAGUGGCUCGAGUCGGGCUACAAGCUGCCCCUUGCCUAUCCGUCUCGGCACGCCGAGCUCAACGUCAUCUGCCAUCUGUGCUUUCUCAACAGCCUCAGCGGCUACCGAGCCGCGUUCCACCGAAACACGCGCGAGGGUGCGCACAAGAACAUCGUCAAGCUCGUCCUCUCCAUGUAUCUCGAGGACCCAGCGGGAGACAGCGGGCUCCCACUGAGCGCGGCAACGCUCGAGUCGCUCACGCCGCUCACCGUGCUCGGCCUGUGGGGUGUGCCCACGCACGUCGAGGAAGCGCACCCCAACCUGCCGGGUGCCGUCGUGGGCACGCGGCGGAGCGACGACAUGUUCGAGGCUGCCCACGUGCUCUGCGUCGCGGCAAACGACACGGGCAGGCGGUUGCAGCAGAUGAAGUGCCCGGACCUGGCCACCUUUGUCGAGCGGGCGCUGUCGACGGCCAAGGUGGACUCCAAUGGCGACGACGAGGCCUUUGCGGCCCUCUUUGCCGACGCCAUCACCACCGCCCUGCCGGCAUUCAACGACGCAUACACGAUCGCGUCCUCCUCGACGACCGUCUACGUGCACAAGCGCGCCUAUCUCCUCCUCUCGUGGCUCCGCGCCCGGUUCGGCAACGACGAAAAGGCGCCCCCGACACCGGACGCGAGCGUUUUGCCGGCCUUUGUCGACAAUGUCAUCCCCUCGCUCCUCGUCCACUGGGGCAUCCUCGACGUCGCCUCGGCCAAAGACGAGUCGCUGCGCGCCUGGAACGCCGAAAUCAUCCAGCGGGACGACGCAGGCAAGGACAAGGGAAGCGACAGUGUGGUACCAGGCCCGAAAUUGGCGAGGGAGCAAGCGUACAUCAUCCGAGCCGCCGCGCUGGACGCAUGCCACCAGAUCAGCCUACGCGCCCACGAGCUGGCGAAGCAGGACGAGAGCAAGCGCUGGAUGGCGGGCAUCCACGAGGCACUCGUCGAUGGCUACAUCUGGACCAAGGCAAAGGAUGCAGACCUCCGCACCGUGCCACGCAUGGUCGAGACGGAGACAUUCAUGUACUGAUAGAUUGAACCUGUUGUUAUUGUGACCACCACUACUACUACAAUUACAUGUGCAAACAAGCUCUAGUCAUCCAGCAGUGGCACCACGCCCCUUUACUUGC